AUGGUCGACGUUUACCACCGGCCGCCGCUCCCGCACGGCCUCCCGCGCCAUCCUUACCACGCUGCCGGUCUUCGCCGGCUCUCCACCCGCGCCUCGGCACCCAGUAGCCCGGCUCCUCCAUCUCCCUCCGCGGCGGCGCCGGCCUCCGCCUCGGUGGUUCUCGCUCACCUCGCUGCGGCCGGGGUGCCCGUCCUCCCGGGCCUCUCCGCAACCGAGCUUGCCCUUGUGGAGGCCGCGCUCGGCGGCGUCCAGCUCCCGCCCGACCUCCGCGAGCUCCUGGCGGUGGGCGUGCCCUCGGGGGACGACUUCCCGCACUACCGCUCGUCCGCUGGGCUCCGCCUCCUCCGCUUCGUCGCGCAAGAGGUCCCCGCCGCCGUCGCCGCGACGCUGCCCCUCGCCCCCGGCCGACGCGCUGGGAGGCCUCCGCCUCCCCUCGUCCCGCUCUGCGGCCGUCAUUACGUGCCGGCGACGCCCUGCCUGGUGGGGAACCCGGUGUUCCACGUGUCCGACUCCGGCGUGACGUUCGCGGGCGCCAACGUGGCCGACUUCCUCCUGCGCGCCUUCGCCGCCGAGGCCGAGCCGCCGCCGCUCCGGCGCCAGCUGUCCGCGCCGGUGACGCCGUCCCCCGCGACGCCCUCGAACACGGCGCGCCGGAGCCUGGACUCGGUCACCGGCAGGGCUCCGCGCUGGAUCGAGUUCUGGAGCGACGCCGCCGCGGCCGGGGACCGUUUUCUUGAAGUCGUCCCCACGCGCGCUACGACCACGAACACCACCUCGGCGCCAGAGCCAGAGUGGCUGCGGCGCAGCCUAGAGCAGGCAGGCUCCGCGCUGACGCGCGGCGGGUGGGACGACGGCGACGUGGAGGAGAUGACGGGUCCCAACGGCGAGGCGAACGUGGACGUGGCAUUGCCGCUGACGGUGGACCGGUGCUGCGGGGAGCUGAGGAGGGGACGGUGGGGCGCGGAGGAGGUGGUGGAGAUGCUGGGGCCGCUGCUGGGACCGAGCAGGAAGGCGCGGCGGGCGGCGGCGGCGCUGCCGCCGGACGUGGCUGCGCGGGUGGGGCGGCUGGCCGAGGCGGUGUCGCGGGCGGUCGGGCCCCGUGGCCGAUCGAAACCCCCGAGGCCAUUUUGA